AUGAUUGUGACUGGAAAUGAUCAAGCAGAAAUGCAAAAUCUUCAGAAGUAUCUGGCUUCCGAGUUUGAGACGAAGUCAUUGGGUGAUUUGAAGUACUUUCUUGGGAUUGAAGUUGCCAGAUCUAAACAUGUAAGUGCAGUGAGUCAGUUUAUGCAUUCUCCUAGUGAAGAUCAUAUGGGUGCUGUGAUAUGCAUCUUGAGGUAUCUGAAAGUAACUCCUAGAAAGGGGUUAAUGUUUUGCAAGUAUGGCCAUACAGAUGUGGAAGGGUAUACAGAUACUGAUUGGGCUGGUUCAGUCACUGAUAGAUGUUCUACAUCUGGGUAUUUCACAUUUGUUGGUGGUAAUCUUGUUACUUGGAGGAGUAAAAAGCAAAAAGUGGUGUUUAGGUCUAGUGUCGAGGCCGAGUACCGUGGGAUGGCUCAAGGUGUGUGCGAGUUACUGUUCACCCGUUUGCAUGUUUACUCCUGA